UCCGUGUCAGAUCAGCUGUGUUGGUGGGGGGACGAGAAGGGAAGCGGAGCUCCGGAGAGAACGGCACAGACGCAGAGGGAGACGGAGGCUGCUGGUGGCACCGCACCGGCUCCACAUCCUUCAUCGAGUCAGUCAUCUCCUCCGCGGUGCUUUACGUUAGCAAAGUGCCAUUUAGCCGUCAUGUCAUGGAGACCGCAGUGACAACACCGCCUAACAUGUGAGGAGCUACACGAGAGCAAAGAGAGCGAGCGACUGUGUGUCUGCUUCCCCCUCCUCCCCGGCCGUCUUGUUCGUGAUUCUGUUCAUCUCAUUUUUUGUUGCCAUUUUUGGCGUGCGGUGCAUUUUUGCCUCUGCGUUUGGAGUGAAUAGCAUAACCAAUAUGAGGAAGUUCAAGAAGGUACUGGAUGGCCUGACGGCGGUCUCAUCUGCCUCCUCUUCUUCACAACCUGGAAACAGGGAAAAUGACAUCCCAGAGAGCCUGCAAUCCGAGCACUUCCAGCUCUGCAAGACGGUUCGCCAUGGUUUCCCUUAUCAGCCCUCUGCAAUGGCUUUCGAUCCUGUGCAGAAAAUCUUGUCCAUCGGGACGCAGAAUGGAGGUUUGAGGCUCUUUGGCCGCCCAGGAGUUGAAUGCUACUGUCAACAUGACAGCGGAGCAGCAGUGAUACAACUUCAGUUUCUGAUUAAUGAGGGAGCUCUUGUGAGUGCCUUGGCAGAUGACAGCAUUCACCUCUGGAACCUGCGGCAAAAGCGACCUGCCAUUCUUCAUUCGCUUAAGUUCAACAGGGAGAGGAUAACUUUUUGUCAUCUGCCCUUCCAGAGUAAAUGGUUGUAUGUUGGCACAGAACGAGGAAAUAUUCACAUUGUUAAUGUGGAGUCCUUCACUCUCUCAGGCUAUGUCAUUAUGUGGAAUAAAGCCAUUGAACUAUCAUCCAAGUCCCAUCCAGGACCAGUUGUCCACAUAAGUGAUAAUCCAAUGGAUGAAGGAAAGCUCCUCAUUGGAUUUGAGUCAGGAACAGUAGUAUUGUGGGACCUCAAGUCAAAGAAGGCAGACUAUAGAUAUAAUUAUGAUGAGGCUAUUCACUCUGUUGCCUGGCAUCAUGAAGGAAAGCAGUUUAUCUGCAGCCAUUCGGAUGGCACUUUGACCAUAUGGAAUGUAAAAUCGCCUGCUAAGCCUGCUCAGAUAAUCACUCCACAUGGAAAACAGCCGAAGGAUGGAAAAAAGCCAGAACCCUGCAAACCCAUCCUGAAAGUUGAAUAUAAAACCACCAGGGCUGGAGAUCCAUUCAUGAUUCUAUCAGGGGGCCUGUCAUACGAUACUAUAGGAAGAAGACCAUGUUUAACAGUAAUGCAUGGAAAGAGCACAGCUGUACUAGAAAUGGAUUAUCCCAUUGUUGAUUUUCUAACACUCUGCGAAACGCCAUAUCCUAAUGACUUUCAGGAACCUUAUGCAGUGGUGGUCCUUUUAGAGAAAGAUUUAGUUGUUAUUGAUCUUGCACAAAAUGGAUACCCCAUAUUUGAAAAUCCAUAUCCCUUGAGUAUUCAUGAGUCUCCAGUUACUUGCUGUGAAUACUUUUCAGACUGCCCCGUGGACAUCAUACCUGCACUUUAUUCAGUUGGAGCAAGACAAAAGCGACAGGGAUACAGUAAAAAGGAAUGGCCUAUCAGUGGUGGCAACUGGGGUUUAGGUAAUCAGUGCUAUCCUGAGAUAAUUAUCACUGGGCAUGCUGAUGGAUCAGUAAAAUUCUGGGAUGCCUCUGCAAUAAUGUUACAAGUACUUUAUAAACUGAAAACUGCUAAAGUCUUUGAGAAAUCCCGGAACAAAGAGGAUAAACCAAGCACAGACAUUGUAGACGAGGACCCUUUUGCCAUUCAGAUAUUGUCUUGGUGUCCAGAGAGUCGAAUGUUGUGUGUUGCUGGCGUCUCUGCACAUGUUAUCAUCUAUAAGUUCAGCAAGCAGGAAGUUACCACAGAGGUCGUUCAGCUGCUCGAAGUUCGCCUACAGUAUGAACUCAAUGAUGUUGAUUCUCCAGAUGUGGAUCAGAUACCACCUUUGCCAACUCCAGGGGCCUCUUCCAAUCCCCAACCUCCUGCACCUCAGUCCCAUCCUUCUACAAGCAGCAGCUCCUCAGAUGGCCUCCGGGACAAUGUACCCUGUCUCAAAGUAAGAAGUACUCCAUUAAAACAGUCUGCUGGUUACCAAGUGGAGCUAGUUAUUCAGCUAGUCUGGGUCAGCGGGGAACCUCCACAACAAAUAACCAGUCUUGCUGUUAAUUCUUCAUAUGGGCUUGUGGUUUUUGGCAACAGUAAUGGCCUUGCAAUUGUUGACUAUCUUCAGAAGACAGUCCUCCUCAACCUGGGAACUGUUGAAUUAUAUGGUUCCAAUGAUCCUUAUCAAAGACAACCACGAUCACCACGUAAAACGCGACAGCCUUCUGGAGGUCUGUGUGAUAUUAAUGAAGGAUCCACGACUUCUGAAGAUCGCUGCAAAUCUCCAACUUCAGGUUCUACAUCACCAUGCAAUUCUGAGGAUGACCAGAAAAUACCUAGAUUUAUAGAAAUGGUGAGGAACAAAAGCAGAAACUUUUCCAAGAUGGUAGUCAAUGACCUAGUGGUGACGUCAAACCAUCAGCUGUUCCACAAUGGAGGAGGUAAAGGAGCAAAGAUGUCACGGAAACUAAGCUUACCUACUGAGUUAAAGCCAGAUUUAGAUAAAAGGGGGAAACUACUUUUACGUCUAAGUGAGAAGCGUUUUAGUGUGGAUUUGAAUAAGGUUAAAACUUGUGGAGAAUUCCCCAGGACCUGUUCAUCCCCUCUUUUCAAUAUCAGAGACAAUUCAUUCAGUCGCUCACGCAGCUCCAGUGUAACAAGCAUUGACAAAGAAUCGCGAGAGGCCAUUACGUCAUUACAGUUUGGGGAGACGUACACACGGAAGACAGACAGUGCUACUGCUCCCAGUUUAUGGGUGGGCACAUCCCUAGGCACAGUCGUUGUAAUUGUGUUGAAUCUUCCUCCUCCUGGGGAACAACGACUUCUUCAACCAGUUAUUGUCUCACCCAGCGGAACCUUGAUAAGGCUGAAAGGAGCAAUUUUGAGAAUGUCAUUCCUGGACUCCACAGGCAUGUUGUUUGCACCACCUUAUGAGUCCUGGCGUGAGCCAAAUGCCCCAGAAGAUAAAGAUGAAAAGGACAAGCAAAGGAAACGGCGACCUGCCUCAGUUUCCCCUUCCUCAUCUCAGGAAAUCUGUGAAAAUCAGUAUGCAGUGAUCUGUUCAGAAAAACAAGCCAAGGUUAUUGCACUGCCAUCCCAGAACUGUAUUUAUAAACACAAUAUAACAGAGACUUCUUUUGUUCUCCGGGCUGAUAUAGUGCAAAUGAGUAAUAGCAUCUGCCUUGCAUGUUUCUGUGCCAAUGGACAUAUCAUGACCUUAAGUUUGCCAAGUCUAAGACCGCUGUUGGAUGUAAAUUACCUGCCCUUGACUGAUAUGCGGAUAGCUAGAACAUUCUGCUUUACCAAUAAUGGGCAGGCAUUAUAUCUUGUAUCACCAACUGAGAUUCAGCGAAUAACAUACAGCCAGGAAACGUGUGAAAACCUUCAGGAAAUGUUAGGGGAAUUGUUUACACCUGUAGAGACACCUGAAGCACCAAAUCGAGGUUUCUUUAAAGGUCUUUUUGGUGGUGGAGCACAGUCCCUUGACAGAGAAGAGCUUUUUGGUGAAUCGGUAGCUGGAAAAGCAUCCCGAAGUCUUGCUCAGCACAUCCCCGGUCCAGGAGGAAUUGAAGGAAUGAAGGGUGCAGCAUCAGGGGUUGUAGGAGAGCUCGCCCGAGCCCGUAUUGCUUUGGAUGAACGAGGACAAAAGCUAGGGGAGCUGGAAGAAAGAACAGCUGCAAUGAUGGCCAGUGCAGAUUCAUUCUCAAAACAUGCCCAUGAUAUGAUGCUCAAGUACAAAGAUAAGAAGUGGUACCAAUUCUGAUUAUAAAGGGACACUCUGCGACUCUUGUAAACUGCGCUAUCUGGAAGAAAUUGCCCUACUCCCUCCAUUUAUUUCCGCAGGAAAAGGGUGAUUCAUCACAGAGUACUGCUCUUUCCUAGCACAAUAUCAUACACUCUUUUACCUCAGUCAUGUGGCUUUAACUGAGGAGCAUACUGAAAAAAAAACUUUUUGGGGUGGGAGUUGGGUGGAACCACUUGAAGGUUUUUUUGGGUUUUUUUUUGUUUUUUUUGGUGUUGUUGUUUAUGUUGAUUUACAUUGUCAUUGUUUCUUUCUCCUUUUUGUCUACUACGCCUAAUGGUUGGUACCUGUAUGCAACUGGACAGAGGAGCGAGUGCAGACUGUUUUUUGUUUUUCCUCUUUUUCAUAUGCCAUACUGUUUUGUGUUGCUUUGUCUGCUGCCAGAAUGUCAUUAUACCCAGGGUCAUAAAAAUGACUUAUUAAAAACAAACUCUGUAGAAGGUGUGUGUACAAUAGAAGUAUAUGUGUGUGUAUAUGCGCAUAUGUAUGUUAUACACUGUAUGUACAUACAGUAUACUUACAUUUAUUUGUAUGUGUCUCAUCUUAUAUUUUUUUUUGCCAUGGUUAAGGACAAACUGAAAAGGUGAAGCAGCAAACGAGAGAUGUCAUAAAGUGAAAGUGAGGAGCAGGGCCCAGAGAGCAUACCUUACUCUGCGUUCUCCAGGACAUCUGCUUCAUUUAUUUUGGGUACAUUGCAAAUGGAAUUCAGUUUUAUAUUCACUGGUUAAUGAGGUGUUUUUUUUUUGUUUGUUUUGUUUUUAUUUUUUUAAGGUCUGAAUGGCUUUUCAUUCAUUAAUUUGAAAUUUGUUAGGUCUUUCCGGAAAGCACAAGUUCAGACCCUUUAAUUAGUAAAGUUUACCUGAGAUCAAUGAAGUUGCUGCCUAGUAGUUUUAGUCCUGCUGUGUAUCAGAUUAUUCUUUUCACUCUUUCUUGUAUUCUCAGUAUACUGCUCAAGUCAGAGUGUCUUCAGGAAUGGGGGAAAAAUACUUUCUGCUUUUUUUGUACUGAUUUUCUAAUAUCCCAUUGAGUCUCCCAACUCUUACUAAUAUAUCUUUAAGAUGAAAUACAUUUUUUGUUUAUAAUUGACUUAUUCCCCCUAUUAUGUACAAACGUUAAGAGUUGAAAAAGGAAAAAAACAUGAUGGUUCAAUGGUAAAAUUGACAAGCUUCCAGAGCAGCUGUAAACCAGUGGGGUGAGACUUGCAGCUUAUAUAUUUCUGUAUAUAGACAAUGUAAGAAUUAUUGAGCCAAAUGCAGUGCCAUCGGUUUGUAUUUGUGUAUUAUGUUUCAGGGACAGGGAGUAGAAAUGCCAUACACCAGUCUGCGUUGCCUUUGGUUUGGAGAUGCAGAUUGCAGUUUGCAGGGACUAAUGUGUUCAUCAACCUCUGUCUUUUUUGGUGUAUUUUAUUAUGAUUAUUAUUUUUUUUUGGUGUCUGUCUGAAUUGUAUCAUUCAAGAGAUGGGGAGAAUUGGAACCAAAUCAUGGUAAAUGGUGCCGUUAACAUUGGUACAGAGGAGAGCACUUGACUUUAUGUUUCAAUUCACAACACUGACCAACACAUUAAUGUUACCUGAAAGGUUCAUGAAUCUGUUUAGCAAAAAGGGACUAAAAAGCACAUAUCAGAAGGAUAAAGUUGGGUGGGUUGGAGGGAAAGUAGGGUGCAGUAUUGCCUAUCCCACCAAUGAUUACAGCUCACUUGCAGGUCAUUUGGAGCUGUGGUUAAUUAGACUCGCCUUUCUUCAGACCAGAAGCAAUUCAAAAACCCUUUGUCCCUCACAUUUACUGUCAGCCCUUGAAGUGGUCAAUUUGGACAUCUAACAGAAGCAUAUUUACUUGUAACCAGACUCUGUAGCAGAACGGCACCCCAUCUUCACAAAGUGAUGACCCAUGGUUCUUUCAGGGACGUCUUAGUCACCAUGAGCUGUUUCAGUUGAAAAACCCAUUUGUAUGUGCGUGUGCGGUGCUACACGCGAGUGUGUGUGUGUGUGCGCUUGCGUGUCUGAAUCUUAAGUAUACAUUUCAUCUGCAUGGACUCUAGAAGGACCGGAAUACAAAUACCAGUACAUACUGUAUAUGAAGCUCAUUGUUUUGAGAAAUACAGUACAUUUCCUUAAAUAUGUUUUCAAUGUCUUAUUCUCCCAAAUUCUGUUUUAUUUUAUCCUGAAGAAGUGCAAGAAACUGCUGCUAUUUGUGUUCUAUGUUAGUUUAUUGUCAAGAAUUAAUUCUUUUGGGUUAUUUUUUGUUUCUAAAGAAGGAAUGAUCUUUUUUUGUGCUUGGAAAUUCUGCCAAAUUGCUAAUAUUAUGUAAAUAGUGGGACAAUCGGAGACAAAUCUGAAAGUGUUUAAAGUGGCUUAAAGAUGCAAGUCAAGUUGCUCAUGUUUUCUAACGCCAAAGAAUUAUUUUUCAAUUGUUUUGGAUAAGAAGUUAAAUCAAUGUUUCCUGCCCUUUAGCUUGCGUGCCUGAAGAAGAGGUAUCUAUGUGGGAUUUGCGGGAAACCAUUACAAGAAUGGGAAAUGUGAUGAAAAGUUGGGGUUUGUUCUAUCUUUGGAUUUUUUGCAUCUUCCUUCUUAAAUGUGUUGGUAGAAGAAGAAGGAAUUCUAAAAUAGAGUUGGCAUUUUCUACAAAUAUAGACCAUUUAAUACAAAAAUAAUAAAUAGAUAAUGAAAAAAGGAGGGUAAAACCUGUAGAGAUUCAAAAUUAAAUUGUGCCGCUUUGUCAUGCCUAUGUGUGCUACUUGCCGGUGCACUACAGCUUAAAUAUCGUUUUCAGUUAGCCGAAGAGACCUGGACUGAAACAAGUGUGUCACCUAGAAACCUCUGUUUCUGUCUGUUUUAGUUUUGUAUGUCAUUCAUUGUCCUGCAUGUGUGUGACUGAUUUCUAAAGAGGACCAAAACGUACAGAGACGAACUAAACUGUGUCCAUCAUGGGGGUGGGGGGAUGUGAAUAACGAAUGGCUGCACUUUCAGAUUUGUUUUCAAUGAUAGCCUCUGAGGAUCUCCUAUAUUUUAUACAUAAGACAAAUCUAUACUUUUAAUUUAAAGAAUUUUAUAUAUGUACAAUUUUAUGUCAUAAUUUAAGGAUUUCUGCUUUUAAGUGGUCUAAGUGCUUACAAGGUAUGUAUAAUACUCUAUGUUAAAUAUUAAAGAAAUUUGAAAAAAGAUGCCGUUUUACAUUUUCUAAUGAAAAUUGCUUGCAUCUCAUAAAAGUGUGGCUGUUGUCUGGAAAAGAGAAGCCCAACAGCUUAAAAUCAAACCUUCAUUUUCCACUGAUGAUGUGUCCAGCACUUUACGAAUGCAGGAACAAUUUUCUAAUUAGCGUGUUAGAUUUGAAUUUAGCGUGUUUUCCUUUUUCUUGCACAAUAGCAGAAAUAACGUUAUUGGAGGUUUACAAUAUUUUUUUUUAAUAUACCAGCCAUUCUCAUCUCCAUGUGAAGAUUUUUUUAGUCUCCAUAUUAGGAAGUAUGUUGUGUUUUUUAACCAGUGAGUCCUCAUUUUUCUGCUAUGUUGAUUAUGCAUUAGUGUCUAGGCGUGGUACUUUUUUUUUUUUUUUUUUUUUUUUUUUUGAAAAUAUAACUGAAAAAGAAAAAAAUACUGAAGUGCCCUCUCUUACUUUUUUCUUUUUCUUUUUUUUUCUUUUUUUAACAUCUACGUACUGCACAUGCAGCCAUUACCCUUCAUGCAGAUCUGCCUGUUUUUCAUCAGCCAUCUUCUCUGUGGGCCGGGAGUGAGGGGGAGGAGGGACAUAUCUGUGGGUUGCAGUAUUUUCUCAUUGUAGCCAAUUUUCUUGUACAGUUUUAUGCAAAUUUCACAUGGAUGUCUACUUUAUCUGCUGCCACAAACAAUUUAGAAAAUCUGUAGAUAGAAAUUACUGUGCAAUGAAAAAAUAAAUAUAAAAAAAUCA